AGGACAUAUUAUUCUCCGAAAGUGGAUUGUAUUGGCUGAGCCACAACAAAGUGAAAAAAUAAUACAGGUAUAUAUUCUGUCUUUAAUUGUGGGACCGAAACUCGGGUAAAUUAUUUUAGAUAUGCUAUACUCCGUGUGUCUCAACACGCUGUCUGGGGAAGCUGAACAAUUGUUUGACUGAAGCAUACUCUGUUAAGAUAUGAUGGGCUGGAAGCCACGCAAAUGGACCUUUCCCCUUAUAAACUAAAAUUUCGAUUUAGACAAAAAUUUCAUCACAGCUUAAAAGAGCAUCACAAAAUUAGUAAUAUUCCAAAGUUUUGUUGCAAAAUCUUGUUUCUCAGUUAUUUUGUAUCACAAACGGGAAAUUGACAUCCGAUUCGGGUGUUGGGGCUGCAAUUUCCCGUUUGUAAUGCAAAAUGACUGAAAAUUGCAAACUUCGCAAGCCUCUAUUUUCCUCAUUUUACAACAUUUCGCAACGAAACUUUGGAAUAUUACUAAUUUUGCGAUGCUCUUUCAAGCUGUGAUGAAAUAUUUGUGUAGACUUGCCUAGAUCAAAAUGUUGGUUAUAAGGGGAAAGGUCUAUUUCAAAGCUACAAAAUAGAAGACCUUGUUUGAUGUUGAACUGUGUCUCACCAUGCACAAAUCCUUCGUUUCAUCUUCAUUAAAUAUUACUCAUCGUGGUUGCACGUUUCAUCUCAGCUAUUCUUAUUGGACAGUUACUUCAUUAUACGCGGAAAAUACAAUGAGCUCAAUCACCGUGAACGUGCACAAAUUAGCACAACCUCAUACAAAAACAUCAAACAAUGACUUUUGUUUAGUUGCAGUGGGAAUCAAACCCGUGGACAUUUGUUCCCCCUAUUUCAAUGUUCAGCACAUGAGCUACCAGGUCUUAACUUUUACACAUAAAGGACUAUGUGAAACUUAAAUAUCAAGUGUGAAAAGUCGAGUUUCACCUACGAAAUGCGCAUUUUUUUGUGCAUUUUUUAUGUGCAUGCAUUUUUUUAUGUGCAUUUUUUAAUGCUCUAAUUCCAGUCUUAAUUUCUCAUGUGAAAUAGUAUGUAAAAUAAUUUUUUGUGUUGCUAUUGUGUACUGAGGUGAAUAUGAUGUUUGUGAUGUUACUCUGAGUGUGUAUCCACACCGGGCAAGCUUGAAAAAAAUAUGCCUGGCCACAAUGCCUGGCCACAUUGAUGUCGGUGCCAUAUUGAUGCCUGACCACGGUGCCUGGCCACAUUGAUAUCGAAGGAACUAGAUUCAGUUCCGAAAUAUCACAUACUCGAAAUAUCACAUACUCGAAAUAUCACAUACUCGACUCUGACCGCGUAGCUCAGUUGGCAGAGCAUUGGGCUAGUAUUCCAAAGGUCGUAGGUUCGAUUCCCACCGUGGCCAGGCAUAUUUUUCAAGCUUGCCUGGUGUAGAUGCACACCCAGGGUAACAUCACAAACAUCAUAGUAUGUAAAAGUUUCGUAAGGGUAUUUUCCGGAAGAGAAAUUGGGUAACACAUAAGUCCCGAGACUGCUAAAUAAAUAAUUAAAUUUCAAACUAAUAUUUUCAGGGAGGAAAUGUAAUAACAAAGCAUCGUCAGCCGCAAGGUUUUGAUGGACAAGCAGCUGUAAGUUAUUUUGUCGUUUUGAAAAGUCUCAUUAAACGGACAUUGCGACAAAAAUAUAUUUUGUCUCAUUUCAAAGCUAAUGUAAAAUCUUUGCAUUACAGGGUUUUCUAAAAGUUUCAAUGGUUGUUCUAGAGGCUGGCAUGCCCGCACCGGUAAGUUAAUUUCCUGUGUCUUUUGUGCUCAUCUACACAAAACGAUUAAUCGUAUAUACGCUUUUUUAUCUUACAACUGAUUAAUGGACCUAUUUCCUAAUGAACAAAAUUUUGAUCUAGACAAAUCUAGACAAAUUUUUCACAACAGCUUGAAAGAGCAUCAAAAAAUUAGUAAUAUUCCGAAGUUUCGUUGCGAAAUGUUGUAAAGUGCGGAUAAUAUAGCACUGCGAAGUUUGCUGUUUUUCAGUCAUUUUGUAUUACGCACCGGAAAUUGAUACCGCUUUCUCAAAAAAGGUACCUGAAGGUAUCAGUUGAACAGUUCAGUUACAACUUUAUUUCAAUACGGAGCGAUUUCACAAUAUUAAACUAACUAAAUAUAUACAGAGAGAAAACAAAAUUAGUCAUGUCAAGAAAAGAUGUGAAGAAAAGCUGACACAGUGAGCUUCCCUCAUCUAGCACUGUAAUGGCAUAAUAAAAAUAUUCGAACCCAUGCAGGGUGCAAAAAAUCGUAUUUAGUGUUAGUGGCAUAUCUUUCAUGGCAUAUCUGAUGAAAUGUGAUAUCUUUCGUUCGUUUUAUAGUCUCUGGAAAAUUUAGCAGGGUUAACUGGCGAAGAUGAUAUUGAAAGGUAUCGAUUAUAUUUUUUUGACAACUGUAAGCUGGCGAUUUUAUACUUUUCAUACGGUUUUACUUUACCAGUAUCUUGCAUGGAAUUGGAUAGUCAUAUUGGUAAUUAUGCGGUGGCGAGUACAAUUAGGGAUUAAUAGUACGAGUGAAUUUUGGAAAUUUUUCCAAAAUUGAACGAGCCGCUGUGAUUACUUGUUUAUUAUUAGCAUGGCAAAAUUGAAAACUUUCUUACCAAAGCCCAGUCCUGCCAGAUUUUCAACCAAAAUUUGGUGCUUUUGUUCGUAUUUCAUUUAGUUAUUUUGCUUUAAGUUCCUCUAGGACAAUUUCAUUUGUGUUUGUUUGUUUUGGGAAAAUCACUAAUUGUACUGCAGUACAAUUAAUCAAAUAAUUGGACUCCUCUCAACCAAUCAGCAUCCAGAAAUUUUGUUAUGUUAAUAAUAAGUUAUGUCAGUGUACAUAAAAUGUUCCAUAGUGGUGUGUAGAUUCAUUUACAGUACGUCAUCAUAUAUUAGUGUUAAUAUUAGUGUUACUAUGCUGUCAAGUAAUUUGAUUUCUGUUAUAUGUAUUUAUGUAAAAUAUUAAUAUUAGUUAAUCUAAGAUGUCAUAAUUUUAGCAUUAGUGCUACAUUAUAAAUCCAGUUAGUUUUCCAAUCUCCUCUUGAUGAAUCUGACUAUAUCAUAUUAACAUUCUCUCAUUUCUCUUAUAGUAACCUGUUGCAUCUUCCCGGGGUGUCAUUAUCGCCAGCAGUUUUCUCAUUGAAAGUGUACAAGGCAGUUGAUAUACCACAAAGUAAGAGCUUUUUGCUAUAUAGGCUGUCCCAAAAAAACCUAUCGGCAGUAUCGCCUUGAAAUUUUGCAGUAUUGCUAUAUACCUUGGCUGUUGUUUACACUGGAUAAAAUAACUAUCAUAGUAUCAUACACACUAACAUAUCAGUUUAUUUAUAUUUUCUUGUUCAAAACAGUUAAACCAAACGAACUGUAUUUUAAAUACGUGAUUGUAUUGACAUCCUAGUAAACUUUACUUACGUGAAACGACUUUACAAAAGUUUGAAUUUUUCCGAAAAGUGAUACCAAUGCCGUUACCUUGGCAACAAUGGCGUGUAAAUAUGGCGGAUAUUUUGGAUUUAUCAUCCCUCGUCCUAUUGAAUUAUUUAGACAUGUUUAAAAAAUUUCUGUUGACCCAAAACUUUUCAUGAGAUAGGUAAAUGUGAUCACUUUAACAAAUAUUUUUGGUUCUACGGAACUUUAAAAUUGUCCAAAUAAUUUAAUAAAUUUACGGCAUAGAGAAAUCAUUUUCGGAAACGAAAACUGAGCGUCAUCAAUGUUGUUUUCGAGUUAAAAUAUCCGACAUAUUGAAACGUCAUUGUUGCCAUAUAGUAAAAUAGUUCUGUAACUUUUGUGGAGAAGUUCAAAUCUUUAGAUGAUUUUUACACAAGUAAGGCACUCUUUGUUUUUGAACAAGUAAUUGUUGUCCAAAAAUACGGAUCUAAAAUCGUAAAUUUUUUAUUUUUAAAAAACUGUAUCGAGCCACCUUAAAGUUGAGAUAUGCGAAGGCAACUUCAGAGUCAAGCUAAAUUCAGAGUCACUGACUCUGAAUUUACAUCAGAGAAGGAUAAUGGCAGUUCGGCAAUUUUUGCGGGCCUAAUAUGAUGAUAAGUCAACGACCAAGUCAGGAUUUACUGAUUAACACUAUUCUUUUCUUAUAUACGAUCAUUUUUUGUGUUAUUCUUUCUAAUGGCAUGAUUAUUAUUCUGAAUUAUAUUUUUAUCAUGCAUAAUUUUCGUUGCAGUGGACCACGAGAAUCUGUUAAAUCGUCUUCGAAACGUAAGUUAGAUGUUUCUUCCUUGAUGUAAUUUGUAAUAGUUGGACUUUCCUGAAUAUAUUUCUAACUUAGAAUGAACAGUUUAGAACUGAUGGAACUAUCCAGAAUCAAGGAAGUGAUUAGCUCAGAUAUACUCAAAUUAUGAAAACUAAUGCAUGCAUGCAUAUUCUUACGUUUGCAGAAGAAGAAAGAUUGUGCAGAUCCUUAUUGUGUCUUCAGCUUUGCAGGAAAACAGGUAACCGUUUCCUUAUGACGAUCACCCGGACACAGCAAAACAAUCUAUUCAAAUCCAAUUCGCGAUAUAUCUCGGAGUUUAUAUAUCUUUUGCCAAAAGCUGUUCUUGAUACUGAGUUGCAUUUGUGUAUGACGGAUAGGGACUAAAAUAUGGACAGUCUGAAAGAAACUGUAAAAUGAGUUUGAUACAUUUGUUCGGACAUCACAGGAACGCAGACGAAAUGGUAUUACCUAAUACUUAAAAGCGAAAUAUCAAAUUUGUGUUGUAGGAAACUUAUUUAUAGAGAAAGUAGAGAUAGAGAUAUCAGAUGGAGUAAAAGUCGCUUUGAACAAGCCAAGAUCUUACAUGUAGAAACCACCGUGCGUGGAGAUACACAAUCAGUGGCGUAACUACUAUGGGCUCAGACCGAGAGAACCCGGGGGCCCCCAACCCCAAUGGGCCAAAUGGGGGCCCCCAGGCUUAGGCGAUAGAGCAAAAACAUUGGCCAGGGCCUCUGAUAUGUUACAAUGUUAUUUUCUGACCAUCAGAAUUCUGUAAAAUCUCUCCCCAAUGUCCAGGAAAUGGCAUUUCAGAGAGUCUAGAUUAGAUUUGUGCAUAUACGGUGCUCGAAUCGUGCCUUUGGCAUUUCUACUAGGGGGCCGAAAAUUUUGAACCGGGGGCCCCCUGAUAUAACGUUACGCCACUGUACACAAUAUCAUAGUGUGCCCACAGUGUUCAUACCGCUGCCAUGAGUCAUUAUUUGGGGACGAAACGUCAAAGAAAAUUCUCACAUGGUCCUACAAACAUUUUAUAGAUAUCUUUGAAAAGAAUAUAUAGAGGAUAUUUCACGGUGGCGCGGAAAUAUGACUUUUAUUUUCGAGUGGUGAAAACAAUAUUUUACGAACGAGCGCAGCGAGUGAGUAAAAUAUUGUUUUCAACACGAGAAAAUAAAAGUCAUAUUUCCCAAGCCACCGUGAAAUGUUCUUUUUAUUAUAUGGAUAAAAGUUGAAGCAAAAAUAAAAAACGUAUGACUUUAUUCAAUGAAAAGAUAUACAAAGUGAAUUUUAUUACUUAGCCUCAGGCUCAGGAUUAAACAAUUUAGGCUAUAUUACGUUCAUUAAAAAAACGUCGUUAAAACACAUUAACAUUGUUAAAAAAACUCAUCUUUUUACUGGCUUUCUUCACUUGAAGAUUCGAGAAUUAUUCUUCUUCUCUUAACUGUUGAAACGGUGUCCAUGACUGUAGAAGAGGAAUUCGGCUGCAGUAGAUUAAUGUUUACAGUUUGAACGUUACAGUUCUGAAGAAAACUUGGAAGAUUUCCCAAAGAUGUGUUACCAGAAGUGCUGUUUCGUACAAAUGAAGUGCUAAACUGAGAUUUCUGAACGCUGGCGCUGCAGGUUGAAUUGGACAAAAUACCAGAGAUUUGUUGUUGUCUAGUCGCGGACAUGGUUGAAUAGUUGUUUAUCGAGCUCACGUUUUUAUGUCCUGUUAUUUGCAUGAUCUCAUUUGCAGGGAUUUCGUUGUCUACUAGCUUCUGAAUCAGGUGUUUUCGUGUGCUGUGGUUUACGAUUUUUCUAUCCGUUUCCAUGCCAGCUGCUGUUUGCAUGUUUUUCAUCAUGUUUCGUAGAGAAUUAACACCAAGAGCGCUAGUUUUGAACCACCUUUUGCCAGGCUUUGGAAUCUCGGUAUUUAUAGCAAGAUAAAAUGGCGAGCUAUGUCCACACAUCUCGGCUGGUCGUUCCUCUUUGUAUUUUAGAUAAGCAGUGACUGGACACCUCUCGGGGUUUUCUUUAUUUUCGUACAUAACAGGCUUCACUUCACGUCGAUUUCGAGGGUUCUCUCCGGUGCGAGUUUUAGUUUGUCUUUCCGUGGUAAACUGAAUAAAACGAGUCCCGGACGAGUCAGUUUUCAACUGCAGAUCUCCCCAGGAUAAGUCUCGUUGCUCUUUACCAGGUCGCAUUCCGAAGAAAACACAAUUAUUUAACCACACUAUGUUGAGAAGCGGUCGGGGAGCGUGGAUUCCCAACACUUUUUUGGCGUACAAGUCGUUAAUAUCGUCGUCGGUUAGCGGCUCAGCAGCGUUUGGUUUAUUUCCUUUGCCGUGCGAUUUCAGUUCCCUUUGUUUCUUUUUUAAGAUGUCUCGGACCCCUGAAAACGCAGUAUCGUGUAGAAUUGAAGCUCCAUAAUUGUUUUGCCUUAGGUAACGAUCAAUACUUUGAAGCAUUGCCUUUAUUGAAGUGGGCUCGUAAUCUCCUCCAUGUCGUUUCUUCACUGCCAAAAUAAAUUUCAUCAAGAUGUUUUGUAGCUCACCGUACGGCAACAAUGUUAUGUCUCUUCGCUCGUUUAUCGAGGCUAAAUAGUCGCUGAAGAUCGCCAAAUCGGACUUAGUCUUCCUUUUUGUGUUUUCAUUUUCAUUUUCUUCAGAAAACCUUGCCAAAUCAGCGUCGGAAACCUCAACAAAAUGUCGAGAAGUUGCCAUAUUGUAUAUUCAAAACAGAAACGGUAAAAUGGCGGGAAUUAGCGUGGGUCCCGCGCGAGACGUUCCCGCGUAAGAUAUGAUUUCAUAUUUCACUACAGUGAAAUACGGGAAAUAUCAGUGGCGUAUUUUACGGUAUUUUACUCAUAUCCAUAUAAUAAAUUUAUUUAAUUAAUUAAUGACAGUCACAGAAAUAUAUCAAAUGCCAUUAUGGCAGGCCCAUUGGACUUCUAUAGGCCACUAAUCUGAAUCUUCAAAAAAGGCAUUGUUCUUUGCUAGAGAGUGCAUAAAUCACGUUGUUUUGCCAAGUUUCACAUUUUGGCCGUUAUUCCAAAGAUUAUUUGGGAUAAUUCAUGCAUUGUCGGCCAAAAGCCUUGCUAAGUCUUUAUAUCAUGCAAAAAGCGAAUCCAAUGGUUGUUUUAUUGUCUAUUUUAAUUAAAAUAUAAAACGACAUCCCCACCUGUUGCAGUUCUUUUUUCCAUUUGCAAAAAGUCUUUCAUUUGUCUUUCAUAAGUAUGUUUAGAUGUUUCAAAUAAUUCAAAACCUUUCCUACCUGUUUUCGUUGAUAUUUCUUCUUGAUAUGGCGCCAUAUUGUUUUUGUCGCGUUUCCACUUUUCAACAGCAUCACGUCAUAACGUUGAUUUGACUUUAUCAUAUCAAAGUUAUGACGUCGUUUAAUAUUAUGUCAAAAUUCUAUAUUUGGUCAGCUAUUGAGUUGAUAUCACAACUUAACAGUUGGUUGUUAGCCAAUCAGAACCAUGAAUUCUUUUGAACAAUAGUAAUUCAAAUAUCCUAUGAUUUUAAGGCAAAAAGCAGUGUCAGCUACAACUCCAGAAGCCCACAGUUCAACGAAAAAUUAAAUAUAUCUUUCAAAGUAAGUAUUUCUCUGAAAUUACUCAAUAACAUACGGGUAUUUUUGUUCCGUUAUUUAAUGUAUAGUUUGCAAUGGUAGAACAAAUUUAAAAUUUACUCUAAGAGGUUUGAUUCUAAUUGUUCAUGUAAAGCAAUUGCGCCAAUUAAUUUAAUUUAAAUAUUUCAACUUGUUCUCUGCUUCUUUUCCAGUACCCUUCUGUGUGUGAUAAAUUAAAGAUUCAGCUUAUGGACGAGUGAGUAAAACUGUUUAUCUCCUUGAGAUACAAAUACUUAAGAGGCAAUUUUUUUCAAUGUUGUGUAUUUAAAGAUAAAACACUAAACAUACUUUUUGUUUGUUUGCCGAUUGAGAAACUUUUCGAAAAAUAACAAUUUUGAAUGUGGUCAUAACUGCAAGUGGUAUACUAGACGCAUUAGUUUUGAGCGCGUGUUAUACGUAUAACAUGCAAAGAAUCUCCUCUUUUAUUUUGAGUUAUCAUGUUGGUAGACAAAUGUACAUACAAACGCGGUUGAAAACAUACCUUUUUGGCGAAGUUAAUUAUUAGGAAUUGAUUCGUCCAUCCCAACCAUCAAAGUUCUCAUAAAGAGUUAAAGCACGUCUCAUAUUAUGAUGAUCGAAAAUUGCCUGGAAAAAUGGUUUGCAGUACUUUGAUUUAUUUUAAGACUCAAAUUGUAAGUUUAAAGUGUUCUUAUUUUUCCUGAGUCACUCAAUUUUCUCAACUCAAAAUUCUACCAAUCAAGCAAAAACUUUGCCGACCAUAUCAUAAGAUUCAGAUUAAGCGCAGAUGCACAUGUGGAUAAUAUUAUGCCCUUUACAUCAAGCAUUCAUGACAAGUAUUGCGCUUAACUAAUAGUCGACCGGCCAAGGUGGCAAAAAGUGCCUCUAAAGAGAGUUUGAUGGCAACUUUAUGUUAGAAGCUGGUAACAGGCAUUUUCUUAUAGUUCAAGCCUUGGUGAAUAAGACUGUGUGUGUUACCACUUCUGAUUUUUGCUUUAUAGCAAAAAAUUUGAGAAUUUUUAAAUUUUGCCUAUUAAAUUACUAUGAUCGGAAAAAAUGUAAAAUUUCGUGUUCUCUUAUACGAAAAAUAAACUAUACCACUAGAAAGAGCGUAAAAAACUAUAUAUAAGAUAACUUAGGCGACUAGUGCGAUUUUCAAGCCGAUUUUGAAUUAAAGAUGGUUAAUUAAAGUUGGCAAAAUGGGUACUAAUUAGCAUUAAUUUGGUCAUUUCUGCAUUUUUUAACAUUAAAAACUCGAAAUAGGAUUGGAAAAACGUAGAACUCACUUAAUUGUCUUAUAUACAGUUUUUUACGCUCUUUCUAGUGGUAUAGUUUAUUUUUCGUAUAAGAGAACAUGAAAUUUUACAUUUUUUCCGAUCAUAGUAAUUUAAUAGGCAAAAUUUAAAAAUUCUCAAAUUUUUGGCUAUAUAAAGCAAAAGUCAGAAGUGGUAACACACACAGUCUUGUUCACCAAGGCUUGAACUAUAAGAAAAUGCCUGUUACCAGCUUCUAACAUAAAGUUGCCAUCAAGUUGUACAAAUUGAAGACUUGGCCGGCCGUCUAUAACGGAUGAUUCCACAAUCUUGGACAAAACCCUUGAGAACACUCCAGCUAAUAUUACAAAGUUAUUGAACAUUGACAAAACAAACUUGGUCUCCCCCUCCCCCCCCCCCAGUACAAUGUUGUGAACAACGCCGAAACAACUUUUGGUAAUAUACCAUGAUACAAGCUCAACAUUGAGUUGGGGGAGCGGGGGUUUAAGAAUGGCAACAUGAUUCAACAUGGAGUUUAUCAUAAAAAUACACGAAUUUUCUAUAGGGGGAAAAUAGUCUCAACCAGUUAUGUCCAAGAUUGCAGCUAUUGACGAAAUUUUGAUCUAGACAAGAAGCACGAAAUCCAUUACCAUAGCUGGAAAGAGCAUCUUAAAAUGUGUAAAAUUGCAAAGUUUGGUUGCGAAUUGUUGUAAAAUGAGAAACAUAUUAUAGCCCUGUGAAGUUCGCAAAUUUUGUGUAUAUUUGCAUUACGCGCGCGGGGAAAAAGAUUAACUAUUUUUGAGCAGAAAGUGGUUAUUUUUACCGCGCGUAAUACAAAUAUAUAUACAAAAUUUGCGAACCGCACAGGGCUAUAUAUUUUCUUCAUUUUACAAAAUUUAGCAACCAAUCUUUGCACAUUUGCUCAUUCUAAGACGCUCUUUCUAGCUAUAUGGUGUUGAAUUUCGUUCUUCUUAUUGAUCAAAAUUUAGUCUAUAGCUUGAAUCACUCAUUAGAUACUUAUAACCUAGACUAUUUUAUCUUCUACAACAGUAGUGAUAUUACUUUCUUAACUAGUUAAGGUUACAGAACACCUUGGAGUGUUAAUUUUGCCUAAAAUUUUUUGUUGGUUUCCAUGAAAGCAUUAGACUAGUUCUACUAUCUGACCAAGUUUGAACGAAAAAUGUUGAAAACUCGCGGAGUUAUUUAACAAAAUACAUUUCGAUGCAAUAAGAAAAACAUUGAAAAUGUAAUAUUCAAAUUCAAAUUUCUUCGGAAGAAUUUUACGGCAAUUACUGAUUUUCAAACGAGUUGUUCUCCUGCGGGUUUUAAUUAACCAAUUUUUCUCAAAUUUUCACAGGACAUAGCUAAAGACGUCAGUUUCAAUGUGGUGUUCGGCUUUUUUAUAAUUUUGGAUAUUUUAAUAAUAAAGAGCAAUUCACUCAAACAAUUCAGAAAUAUAUUGCAGUCGUCAAAGAAAUCGCCAUAUCAGCGGAAUGACGAAAUAAACAAAAAAUUUUCGAACACAAUUUUUUAGAACAACUAUUUUACUGUAUAAAAAUGAUAUUUUCAUAAAUAUAACUUAAAACCAGCAGGAGCACAACUUAAAAGCGUAACGGUACAGCGAUUUAAGAUUUUCCUAAAUAAUUCUUACAUUAUUUUAUUGUUUGUUAAUUUUACAACUUCACCAUAUUUUGCAUGCACUGGAGAACAUUUGGUGAAAAUUUAAUUAUAAUCGGACUGAUAUUGAGCGCGCAGUAGCGAUUUUCCGCAAAACGCCAAAAAGGGUGUCCUGUAACCUUAACUGUGUUUAUCGUAACCCAACUUGUCAACUUUCCCUGUGGGAGGAAACUCACGACAUUUGGCAGAGCGUUCACGGACUCUUUUUACAUGAGUCCGUAGUGAGAGGAUCGAUCAUAGAUGAAGGGCAAAAUCUCACAGGUGAAUGGUGCUUGCUCUGAUGACUAUACCGUUGAAUCCCCGAAUAAUGUCGUGAGAUAUCCUCAUUAAUAAUCAGUGCCCGGACCACCUCAUCACAGGUGUCAAUUUGCCUUAAUCAUCCAACUUUUUUGCAGGGAUUUUGGUACCCCGGAUGACUAUAUUGGCACAAUAUUUAUAUUUGUAUCACAAUUAUCUGGUCAAGGAGGAAAUGGUAUGACAGCCUAUUUCACCUUCAGUGUAGGUUUUUACGAUGAAGAAUUAUAUAGUUGGCACUUUGAUAGAUCACAAAAGACCUUCCAAAUUUGCUUCUUAUGAAAAUUCAAAUUGUGUUUCAAACCUUCCAUUUUUGUGCGUAAACCAUUUUAAAAAUGGUUUUAAAAAUACAGCCCUGCUGCACUCGGAAGUUUACUGUUCAGUAUAAUCCUGUGAUAGAGAUACCAGAAGAUCCCAAACCACCCAUGCUAACACAAAGUUGUCAUGAAAUUUGUGGAAUUUACAGUUUAUUGCAUACUUGUAGUAAGACGUCUAAUACAGCACUUAACAGCAAGGAGAGGUGAUGAACCCUCUACCUUCACAUUUUAUUCAACUUGUAUUUUGUAUAUAUUUGUUUUGCCCACAAAAGAUAUUUACAAAGUAAUUUAGAAUAUUUACAAUAGUAUAUAUGGGGGCUAGGAACCUUUGGAAAUCCUGUUGGACUUUUAGAUAACUUAAGGCUCCUAGUUUUGAAAAAUCAAUUACAAGUAACAACUACUAAAAAUGUUGACAAACAAGGUAGUAUAUAUUACGCUUAUUUACAUAAAAAUAGUUAAAAGAAUAAGGAGAUAAAAGUUGACUUUAUUUACAGUAUUUGCAACUCGUUCUAUUCAAAAUUUAUCUUUCAGAUCAUGUUGUUGACAGUUUGGCGAAAGCCAAUUAAUGUUUUUGUGCAUGUAUAGUAAUUUGUAUUUUUUGUCGGGACCCCGUUAUUGGAGUUUAUCUCUGUGGUCAGUCCCAGCCAAUGCACUCGUAGAUAUUUGAAUAAGUUUAAUAUUUGUUUGGUGCGGCGAAUCUUGUAAAAAGUAAAAAGUAAAAAGUAAAAAAAAUUAAGCAGAUAGUAAGUAGCCUAAUAGGAUUUUAUUUUUUUCUUAAAAGAGAAAUACGAUUUGAUAUUUUUGAUAUUUUCAUUGAGACCAUUCCAUAUAGAGACCCCUUUGUUAAACACAGUAUAUUUGCGAUAAUUAGUUCUUUGAAAGUUCACGUGUAACUUGGUGGAAUUACGUGUAUUACAAUUGUGUAAUUCACUAUUUUGUUUAAAAUAAUCACAAUAAAAAUCCGGCAAAUUAUUUUGAUAAUGAAAGAAAGAACUCUAUCCAAUUCGCUAGAAACGUGCAUACAAUAUUAGAAAUUUGCACAACAAUGGACGAUAAUUAUUAUGAACAAUUGCUUUCGUUAGUAGGGAUGCAACUGCCUGAAAAUAUUCAAGGAGAAUUUCGACGAUUUGAGCGACGGCCCUUCGUCUAGAGUCACUGUAACUCCAGACGAAGGGCCUUCGCUCGAAACGUCGAAAGUCUUCUUAUAUAUUUUUCAGGUAGUUGCAUCCGUAUACCAAUUAACAAAAGCUUGUCCAUUUUAUUGCCACUACCUACACUGGCCAAGACAGUUCACGAUAAUUAUUACACGUUCCUUUUAGAAUUUUUGCCAACGUUUGGACCAUGCUUUGUUAAUAUGUACGGUUCACCGCGAGAAUACUCCGACUGGCCAAGCAAACACGAAGAACUAGAUAAAGGCAUUGUAAGAAAAGUUACACUUAUAUAGGGGUGGACUCAUAGAUAUCUUACAUACACUAGAUAGUGCAUGUAAUUAUUCUACAAUUCAAAAAAUUGAAGCCGUGAUUGCAGACUCAGGAUAUUCCCAUGAAAUGAGAAGAUUCGUAUGUUUAAGCACGGAACUUAAAUUUUAAGGUAAACCUAUUCCAAAUACAUUUUUUAACUAUUCAAAUGAUGAAAGUUAUUGUUGUUUUUUAAGCGUUUUACUAAAAGAGAUGCGCUAUCUAGUGUAUAUAAGAUAUCUAUGGGUGGACCAUGGGGGAUUUUUUUGCAAGAAUUUUCUUUAAAUUUGGAGAAGCUGUAUAGAAUGUGUAGAUGCUGUGCAGGAAUUGUUUCUAUAUCUGCUGUCCCCAAAAUACUAUACCCUUCUGCUUUUUUGGGCAUUGCAAGCUUGCUAUUUUGGCGCCGUUAUCAAUGGUGUUCAUAUUAAUAAUAAUUACAAAUUUCCAUUAUAUAGGGCGAAGGUGCGGCAUAUCGAGGCCGAGUACUUGUGGAACUGGAAACUAAAUUAGACGUAUCCAAUGGGCUUGAAGUUGAACCAGUUGGCAGUGCUGACGACGUUCGCGUUCAGGUCAGUGACAAAAUAUUACACCAAAACUAUUUUCUCCUUCAGAAAAUUACGAUAAUUUAUGAGCAGUCAUUUUGUUUUUUCUUCUAGCGGGAAACGAGUUAAUAUCCGUCUAAUAGAGAGCCAAUCGGAUUUCAGAAUAGCUACAUCCGGUAGUUGUCCGUAUAAAUAAAAUAGAAGGCGAGAUACUGAGUUUCGCGACCUCUGUAUAAACAAAUCAUUGUUUGUCGAAAGAGUUUAACGUCUUUAAUCAAAAUGCAGCGUAUAAUUGAUAAAUACAACACUUACUUCGACUUUGAUCAUUUAGGAUAUCACAAUAUUCGGAUAGAUGCGAGUUCAAAUCCCGCUCGAGCCAACGAAUUUUUCGUUGGUCGAUUGCAGUGUCAGAUUAAUAUGAAACUAGUUUUUCUUAUCUCUGAGGAUGGUUCUGAAAUAGAAUUGAAACACUGCGCGUCCUCUAAGACAAGCGUUAGGUCGUCACGAAAAUAUUUCGUGCGCUUAAAUUGGAUAAGACUCGCUAACAAUCCCUGUUGACUCGAUAGCUCAAUAGGUACAGCGGCGGUCUAGAUACCCGAAGAUGCGAGUUCAAAUCCCGCUCGAGCCAACGAAUUUUUCGUUGCUCGAUUGCAGUGUCAGAUUAAUACGAAACUAGUUUUUCGUAUCUCUGAGGAUGGUUCUGAAAUACAAAUAUCUCACCUAGUAAUUAUUAACGUUCUACACUAAUUAGCCGACGAGAUUCCCAAAAUAAUUAUCAUGCACGAUCGGAAUUUCUCUUUGCCGCGAGUAAGUUUUUCUGCAAUAGAAAAAUAGUUUGCUUGCGGUAAGGUUGACAUUUGGUUUUUUUCUAGCCAUACAUGCAAACGGAAGAAUUCCGUCUUCUUGCUGUUUUCCUUGAAGCUACGAUGUUGGCCGUUGAAGACGCACAAGUUGAAUUCGAAUUGAGUAUCGGUAAGACAAAUUGAAAUACAGCCAUCUAUACUUGCUUGUUCCUCAUAGGAUUGCAAAAUUAGAAUUUAAUUCUAACCAAAUUUUUUUCAGGAAACUAUGGCAACAAGUUGGAUGACUCAGUGAGCCCGCGGCCAUCAAGUACACCUCCCACCAAUCCAGUGUCUGAUGGCGAGAAAUACUACUAUCUACCAUGGGGAAAUUCCAAACCUUACGUCAGGAUUGAUUGUGAAUGGGAGGAUAUCAGCUUCCGCCUGGGUGUACUGAAUAAAUUGUUGAAAAUUUGCAGAGAUUUGGUAAGAUUAUAUAGUCACUUUGGCGAACGUUUGCCGUAUUUUGCGCGCUAAAAUGAAUAUAAAUUGGCACAUUGCACACCAUUAAUUCGAACCAGAUAUGAAUGUCUACAUCAGUAGUAGAAUAUAGAAGUCCGAAGGACAAAUGCUUUUUGAAGUCUUUGAAAAACUCACGAGUACUUGUUUUAUCCAAAUUUCACAAUUCUAUUACGUAUUGAUAAUAUACAUAGAAAUGUUCAAGACAAUUGUAGUUUUAACUUGCGUUUACAGCGAACAGUCCGCUGACAAAGUUUCCCUGUUUUGUUAUAUUUAAAUAGAGAAUAAUACAUGGGUGCGCGGAAAUACCGGAUUUAUUUCUCGUGUUGAACACGAUAUCUGACGGGUGAGCGCAGCGAGUGAGAUAUCAUGUUCAACACGAGAAAUAAAUCUGGUAUUUCGAUCGAAGCACCCAUGUAUUUUUCUGUUUAUUAUAUAAAGGACAGUCUUUGAAAAGCGAUAAUUUUUGCAGUAAAGCGAUAAUUGAAAAGCGAUAAUUUUCACAUGUGAAAUUAUCAUAAAUAAUCUCACAUGCGAGAUAUACUAUCAGUUUUAUCAGUGCAUUUUACUCAAUUAUGUAAAUUGCAAGUUAGUCUUGUUUAAGGUAAAGUCGUUUCCAUUUUUUAAACAAGAUAAAAGCCUGAUUUUCCAACUGAACUCGACGUUGUGUUUUGAAGCAAUCUGUAACAAUGUCUGUAACCGUUACCUGAGGACUGCUUUAAGCUGAUUGGUUGAUUUUAGAUUCCAUUGUUUUUCCACCAAUCAGGUCAGUUUGUUACAGAUUUGUGCACGGUGAUUACAAAUUUUGCACUGCUCUUUGAGAUUAACUGCACUGAAAUCAACCAAUCACAGUCGAGUAACAUUUUUAUGUACAUUAUUAGGCGAAAAAACAAUAUGCACAUGACAAUUACAAAGUCCGCAUAUUUUUGCACAAAUGCAACAUGGAGGGAUAUUCUUUUUGUGUUAUAGGAACGGAAUAUAUACAUGCUCAAGUUAACUGCAAGUACUUCUGGAAAGGGACAUGAAUUUAAAAAUAGCAUCUGUGACAUCCUUGGUGGUCUUAAGAAAGAUUGCAGGUAAGAAAUUGUACAUUGUUAGCAUUAUGAUUUUUGUAUUAUUAAUCUCCAAAUGACAAUUUCCCUACUGUGUGGAAUUGACAUGCACUGCUUUUUAAAACGCGUAGAAUGGCGCGAGAUGGCGUGAACAAGUCAUCACGUCAGGUCAUAUAUGUAGGUGCUUUCGUUGAUUAUUCCCAGAGACACAAAUGGUCAAAUGGGUUUGUUAGUAUAGCCUGACGUUUUGUUUUCGCGGUGCUUGUAUACAGCUAGUUUAGUUAAGGUUGGCCUUCCGAAAACCUGAACCAUAAACUCUGAGCGCGCAAGUGAUGAUGGGUUAUUACUUGUUUAGACUCAUAAACUUUGAAAUUUGGCUUCGCAAAAAUACCUAAGACAUAUAGAAGACUCACGACAGAAAAUAUACUUGUUGCAAAGGCAAUUUUUUAAGGGUCUAAUAGGUGAAAACCCAUCAUCCCUUGCGCGCUCAGAGUUUAAGGUUUUGGAAGGACCAUCUUAAUCGAGUCAGUUGCAUAAGUGAUUAAUUUGUGUGUAUUAAUAUAUCGAGCCACCUUUAAAAAUAGCUUGGGUCAUACUAUACGCGAUUCGGCAACGCGACGCGAAUUUUCAGGUUUCAGCCGGGAACAAAUAAAACCGUCAAUAGAUAAAAAUUGUUACAAGAUAUGCAUACCAAGUGGCUACGAAUAUUUGAAAAACAUAGAAAAAUAUUAAAGUUAAAUGUCAAUGAAAAUUGAAAAUUCGCGUCGCGUUGCCAAAACGCGUCUGGUCAGUAUGGGCCUUAAAUAGGGUGCAAAUUUAGGUGUUUUAUGAACUAUCAAAAUACCAGGCAAUUUGAUGUACAUCAAGUCCUACGCCCGACCUCCAAAACGUGGGAUUUUUGCCGUAGUUGCCUAUCGCGCAUAAUUUAUCACAUGCACGACUGAUUUUAUGCAUGAUUUUACAAAAAGUUUAAAAAUUAUAAUGGCAAAAAAUUCCAAGUUUUAGUGGUUGCGCGUUGGACUUAAUAUACAUCAAAUUAUCAGGUACUUUGAUAGCUCAUAAAACACUUUCUAAAUUUGCAGCGUGUGAAUUCAAAUUGCGUUUUAAGGCUUCCAUUUUUGUGCACAAGCCAUUUUUAAAGUGGUUUUUAAAAACGACACUCCUGCACUCGAAAAUUUACUUUUCAAAAUAAUUUUAGUGGUGAAGAUACAAUAUAGCAUACCACAAACUACCCAUACUUGCAUGAAGUUUUCACAAAGCUUGCGAAAUUUACUGUUUAUAUAUAGCGAUCAUUAUCGAACUGUUUUUCAUACACCCUGUUGAAAUGACUUCAGCUGGUGCUUUUUCUUCAUCCCUCUUCUCCCUUUUUUACAGCCCUCUGUCCAAACCUGAUCCGAAAGAGUUCAAAAUGACCAAACUGGAUCUUCAAGUGCAUGAAACUAGACAAGACGUUCUGGUGAGUUCUAUCAAUAGAAUAGGCGCACUCGCAUCCAAAAUGUCCUGGGCAUGCCCCAGCUAGACUGAUCUCAAAGCUGGAUAGAGCAACCUUUUGGAUUUAGGGAAUUAAUUCUGAAGCCAGAAUACAGUAGAAGCCCUCGAACUCGCUUAACUCUAAUUCCUCGCUAAAUCCAACAAAUUUCAUUUUCCCUUGCUCAAAUUUACCCGAUUAACUCGAACUGUAUUUUGAGACGUGGAAUGAUUGAAUAUGCAAUGAUAUCAACGAUUGAAUAUGCUUGGCAUUUUUUCUUCAGAAACGUCCAGUUCGUUUUUGCUGUACAAGAAAUUCUUCAAUUUUGAUUCUUCUUCUACGAUAUUUUGCAUUUACAUAGGACAUAUCAUUUCUAACAAUCUGAUGUUUUUUGUUUUUGAAAUUGUUACAUUUUUGGCGGGGAAAAAAUGUGACGAAAUUGGCGCCAACAAUUCAUAUAAUACAUAUAGGUUCUCUUCUGAAAUGUGAAGUUCGUUUUGUUAUGGCCCAAUUCAUUGCCAAUUCAUAGAACAAAAUGACGGAUUUCUUGUAUUUUGAAUUGAUAUAACUUCGUAAUGAAUAGUCAUAAUUCAAAACGGACUUCAGAUUUGAGAUUCUUAUAGUAUACUCUUUCACGUUCAUACACAAAAUCAGCUGUAGCUAUUAUACUAUAUUAUUAACUUAGGUAACAGUAGUAGAAACUUUGUACCUCUCUUCAACAAUUCAUAUUUUCUCCAAUUCAAGGCAUCCAUUGUUGUAGAAUGUGAGCAGCUGGAAUCGAAUCUCGACAGGCCUGAAGUCAUACUAAUCCUGGAGAGUUUCUUAAAAAGAAUUCAAAUCAUUGCUGUAGAGGUAAAAUUUCCGGGGGGAAAACUAGUUAUUGAGGAGUGAGUGCAUUUGAGAGAUAUCCGCAUUAGAGGCUGUGUUGUUACAAAGUUGCAAGGUACAAAACGUUUGCAACUAGUUGCUAUAAUUACGGAAUUUUAUGAUACAAUUAGCGUCAGUAAUUAUGCCAAACAGAUAGUAUAAUGUCAAGCAAUAGCAGAAGUCAGACUAUGAUUUAUGGAAUCAAGUCAUGUCAAUUGCCAAGUGAAUUAGGCAAAUCAAUUGUUUAAUUUAAUAAGAAAAAAAAUUAAUAGUCACGGCGGGAAAAUUCAAAAUGUGCUGUUAUUCUUUGCCGUUCUUUAAUAGGCAACAUUUUUAAAUUCUCAAAUGUUCGAUUAUAAAGCACGCGCAAAAUCAGAGGGCCAACAUAAAUGGUCUUCUUUAUUAAUGCAUAUACCCUAAGAAAAUGCCAGUUGACAGCUUGUAACAAAAAAUGCCUCCAGAGAGUAACUUUUAGAAAGGCCGGUGAGGGGGGGGGGGUCGUGUAAUUGUUGAAUGGUACCAUUUGUAUUAGUGAGAUAUCCAUAUUAGAAAAAUCUGUGCAUUUAAUAAUGUCCCUAUUAGAUGUCCGUAUUAGCGACGUAUCAGAAAGCUGUCCACACCAGAGAGAUAUGUAUUAAAGGGAAUGGCAAUAUAAUUUCAAUUUUCUCAUUUGAAAGAACGUUUGAAACUAUAUAUUAACUUCUUUUAUCGAUUUUUCAUAUCUUGCUUAGUUCUUGAAAUAUUUUCACUUGAAGUAAUGAGACAUUCGCCAUCUUGGAUAAAUGUUUGUACAGUAGUUUCGGUGACGUCAUAACAGGGAUUAACCAUGUAAAAGUAUUCAUUGUUGACCAAAUAUUGAUUGGUAGAUGUUUUAAAGGUUUUGAGUGAUCUUGAUAUUUCGAAGGGCAGACAGAGUAUAGUUUUCAGUGCAAAAUGAUUAGUGGUUGUCUAGAUAAAAAUAUUGCGUGACCCCUGUUGUGACGUGCAUGCAUAUCUACAAAAAUUGAAGAUAGCGGACAUUUCAUUCCUUUUGAUAAAAACAUUUGCAGAAGUAAGCAAGAUAUGAAAAACGGUAAAAGAGUAUCAUAUAUAAUCUUAAACGUUUGUUCAAAUGAGAAAAUAAAAAAAUAUAUUGCCAUUUCCCUAUAAAGGAUUUUUCUUAUUGACUUGGGUUUGUUGAUUUUUCAGCCUCAAAACAGCAUGCCGGACGUGAUAAUCUGGAUGAUAAAAGCAGAAAGAGAACGCAUUGCAUACUGUCGUAUUCCUGCCAAUGAACUGCUGUAUUUCAACGACGAGAACGAGCGUGGCGAGAAAUGUGGGAAGACGAUUGAUGUUAAUCUUAAGGUUUGUAAUAAAAAAAACAUUCAAGUUUGCUCACGUGAAGACAAAGAGCGAAAAUCCUUUCUAAAAAUGUGGAAGGGAACGGGGGGUAAAAAGAGACCUCAAGAUUGAUUUUUGAACUCUUUGUCCCAAAUUUUAAAGUGAAGUUUGAGAUUAUACAUCAGAAAUAAUUAAUUAUAUGGAGAUUAAGAUUGGCGUAUACAGACUCUGAGAUGUUUAUGAUAGCCGCCAUUUUGUUUUGACAGUUGUGCUUAAUAGUUGGUUGUAAACCUAGCUUUGCGUUUUCCGUCUUUCAAAUUCGGUGCAAUAUGAAGAUAAGAUGAUAUUUUGUGCAUUGAUUCUAAUAAUUCUAGUCACAAGAAUAUAGUUUGAUAUUUUCGAAAAAAAUUGAGAGGUUAAUCAUACAAACACAAUUUAUGCCCGUUGAAGUUCAAAAACGUUACAGCGAAUGCGACCGCGAGGAUCUGGUUUAUCUAUAGCAGUUCUCUGUUUAAGGUAUUCAUAAAAACACAUCAGUCAUCAGUUCCCAAACGGUCCAAUAAUCGCUAAAUGGGCGUUUUAAAAAUCAUUUUCUAAGGAAGGGGGGGGGGGGGUGAUAUGUUUGAUAAUAGUCGUAUAUAUUAGAGAGGGGCUUUAUAACAAACAUACUAGCCGAAAGGCGAGUCCGGGAUUGGACGCACUGAGAGUGGCUGGAAGGUGGUUGGUGAGUUCGGGAAACUUCCAGCCAACCGAGGUGCGUCCAAUCGCGGACUCACCGAACUUGCAAGUAUGUUUGGUUUUUAUCACAUGCCAUUUCGGUAAAAAGUACCAAAGAAUUGACGCAUUUUAGUAUUUAAUUUCUUGUUUGGAUAACGAACAUUUUAGCCGCCAACAUACUCCGCAAACAAACAAACUUAGGCUUAAAUUGAAGCUAAAACAAUUCGCUACAAUAUUCCCUUACUCUUGAAAAGGGAAAAUGCACGCAUUCUGCGAAAACAUUGCCAAGAUUAAUAUAAACCUGCCCGUGCCGAACAAAUUUUGGCGGCCAUCUUUCUUCUCUUCCACUUCGAAAAAAGAAUUAAUAUUCCAUUUUCAUCAAACAAAAUAAAAAAUAAUAAUUAUUAUAUAAACAAUUAAACAAUUAAAAACAAUUAAUUUAUUUUUUAUUUAAAUCUUCGUCGAAAAUUUGUUCAAAUCGCUUCAUAAUGACCGCCGCCGAAACAUCGAUCUCGAACCCACCUCCUAAACAUACGUCAGCAGGUGGGUUCCGUUCGAGAUUGAACGCACUUCCUCCUAGCCAAUAGGAAAGCCGCUAAUACGCUAGGUAUGAGAUAAUAUUUUUACUGAUGGUUGAUUUGCAUUUCAUAAGUUGUACUACUCUACAGUUUCCAGGAAAAGAAGACAGCAGUCACAAGUCAAAAUUUGCCGGCAUGUUGCGGCUCAUGAUUUGGUUUGGCAGGAAAAAAGAACAAGGAGAGUGGCAGGAAUUGAAGAGGACUGGCGGUAGACUGUCUGUCUACGCGGAAACAGUGAGUUGCAUUUUGUCAUCGUAAGGUGGCACACAAUUUUUUUUUGUCUUUCAUUAUAUCUGAAGAAAAACGUUUUUCUCGAUAUUUCUUUAUACGCAAUGGACAACUUGCAUGUUGGGCUAAAUUUUAAUCUAAGUACAGAGAAAGGAAUCAAACACUACAGCUAAAAAGAACAUAAUGAAAUUAGUAAAAUUGCAAAAUGUGGUUGCGAAAUGUUGUAAAGCUUGGAAAAUACAGUCUUGCAAAAUUUGCAAAUUUUGUAUAUGUUUGUAUCGUACGUGCGGAAAUUGUUACCAUUUUCGGCUCAAGAAUGGUAACAAUUUCCGCACGUAAUACAAACAUAUACAAAAUAUGCAAACUUCACAAGGCUAUAUUUUCGCAUUUACAACACCUGUACAGUAACGUACCACCAAGUGCCAUGAUGCUACUGUGUUAUAACUGCACUGCUUAUUUUAUGUUGAAUUUUAGUUUGAAAAUCAGAAUCGUUUAGGAACAUGGAGUGCUACAAAAUACAGUCGCCCAGCGUUCUCUAAUGCAAAUGGAACGGUAAGUUGAAAAGCGUCUCAUAAUGAAAACAUAACAAAAUCUCGGAAAAAAUUUAUUCUUUAUGCCAUUUGUCCUAAAUGGAGAGCUGUUACAGGCAGAGAUAUAUCAGAGAGUUGCAUUUCGGAGAAUUAAGUUUGAGCCACGGUGAUUGUUAAAGUGCAUAUGACAUGAAAUUUCUUAUUUUCUUAAAUGAAAGAACUCUUUAAGUUGUAGUGUACUUUAUUUUUCAGUUUCUUGUUUUUAUGGUUUGUUCCCGAGAUAUUACAAUUUGUUUGAUAUAUAAAUGAGUGUGAAUAUGUCCGCUAAGUUAUGACGUCAUGUUGGUUGCAAGCUCAACCUACACUGGUUAUAAAUGUAUUAACUCUAAAAACUGUUGAUAUUAGUUUACGUUUUUCUCCAGUGUUUCAUCACGUUUACCAGUGAGUGAAGUUUGAAAUUAUCAUCUUGGAUGAUAGCAGUGAUAUUCAACCAUUUUGAAGAGCUUGCAACCAACAUGACAUCAUAAAUUGGCGGACAUAUUCACAUUCAUUUACAUAUCAAACAAAUUGAAAUAUCUCGGGAACAAACCAUAAAAACAAGAAACUGAAAAAUAUGAUACACUACAACUCAAAGAGUUCUUUCAUUUAAGAAAAUAAAAAAUUUCAUGUCACAUGCACUUUAAGGCGAUUCAAUUUUGAGGACAAAGCGUUCAUAUCUUGAAAAACGUGACAUAACGAUAACGACAUUUAGAAUUAGAAAGUACUAGUAGUGGCAUUAAUAACCAUUGCCUGUAUUAAGUCACCUCCAAACAAAGGGCCUUCGCUCGAAACGUCGAAAUUCUCCUUAUACUUUUCAGGUAGUUGUAUCCCUACCAACGAAAGCUAAUUAUUAUCGGCACUACCUACACUGGCACAGUGAAAUCAUUGCCCGCAUGUUCGCCGAGAGAGGGGGAGGGGCGACGCUCUUAAAACUGACCUCCAAAGCAACGAAGGCUUUGGUACACGAUUGCUUAACCAACUAGAGGGCACUCAGAGACUGCAUACCUCCGCCCCCAUUGAAUUUCGGUCGUGUGAAAUGCAACUAAGACAAUAGAUAAUGAAGGCUGAAGCUUAAUGAGGUUUAUCAUCUCAUUGUCUAUAGUACGCGUACAUACAUUAUACACGUCCUAAUUACGCAUUCAGUGAGUUUUUUUUAAUUGACCGGGAAAAGCAAGACAAAAUUUUGUUCAUUUCUCGUUCAAUAUUUAACCAAAUUCAACCAAAUUUUAAUCAGUUCUUUCUUAGCCGAUGGGAAAUGCAUUCAGAAAAUUUCGUAUGAAUAUGUUUGGUAUUUCUUGAGUUAUCGUGCUCACAGACAAACACACACACACACACACACACACACACACACACACAAACCCAGAUGAUUGCAUAACCUCCUGGCGGAGGUAAUAAUGUGAAUCCUAGUUGCCUUAGUAGUCCAGUCAAUCUGUGACCAGAGGUCAAAGAAAUUGCAAUAGAAUUUUUGUCAGUGGUAAAAUAAAGGUGUCCUGAUUAAAAAUCCCAAAAAAAUCCCUUCGGUCGAACAUGGAGAGACAACGAGAUUUUCUUACUUCUACCUAUAGAAAACCAUUGUGGACAGAAUGUUCAAAUUUUGAAAUCAUUCUUAAGCAAAUAUAACCUACAUUAUUGGAAAGCUUAAACAAAACUAUAUUAAGGUCAAUUAAACCGUUAUAUUCAAUUUACUAGGCAGUUUGUCGUUAUUCUAGCUCAAACGGUUGGAAAAUUAGCGCAAAAUUUGAACAAAAUACAAAUUUAUGGCAUUUUAAAUCUUGUAUAACUUCGGCUGGAUAGGCAAAAGCAAGGUAAUCGUUUAAUGAUCUAUAUUUUAGUUUUUUCUAAUCUUUCCAAUGAUGCAAAAAAAGUAGUUUCAAAAUUUCAACAUUUUGUCCGCAAUGGUUUUCUAUAGGUAGAAGUAAGAAAAACUUGAUUUUCACCAUGUUCCACCGAAUUGUGAUUUUUGUGAUUUUUAAUAUGUUAAUCAGGACACCUUUUCUCGCACUUUACCACUGAAAAAAAAUCUAUUGCGAUUACUUUGAUCAGGACCAUGUACUUAUAGUGAUUUGACUGGACUAUAGUGGCAGAUCAUAUACAAUAAAGUCUAAUAUUGUAAAACACUACUACUUUCGUUUUACAAUGGACCUAUUCCCUAAUGAACAAAAUUUUGAUCUAGAUAAGUCUAGACCAAACAUUCUACCACAGCUUGAAAGAGCCUUACAAAAUUAGUAAUAUUCCGAAGUUUCGUUGCGAAAUGUUGUGAAAUGCGGAUAAUAUAGCACUGCGAAGUUUGCAAUUUUUCAGUCAUUUUGUAUUAUGCAUGGGAAAUUGAUACCUUUUUAACUUUUUUUUUCAGAAAGCGGUAUCAAUUUCCCGUGCAUAAUACAAAAUGACUGAUUUACGGCAAACUUCGCAGGGCUAUAUCUGCAUUUUUCAACAUUUCGCAAUGAAAUUUCGGAAUAUUACUAAUUUUGUGAUGUUUUUUCAAGCUGUGAUAAAAUUUUUGUCUAGACUUGUCUAGAUCAAAAUUUUGUUCAAAGUUUUUGAGCCUAAAUAAACAAUAACCCAUCAUCCCUUGCGCGCUCAGAGUUUAGGGUUUAAACAUUUUUGCCAACAUAUCUAAUGGCAACAUGAUUUGAUUUGCUAUUUAGAUUUCUUUGCCCAAAGACAAUUUCCAGGCACCUGAAGGAUGGGAGUUUUCUGGUCACUGGGAGGCCCAUUCUGAGUUGAGGUAAGUUCUCCUCAAAUCAUUCUUUAUACUUGAAAUACAUGCAGGCGGCAACCCCUCGCUUAUAUUUUCCAAACACUGAUUUUAACAUGAAGUAUUAGUGUGGCGUCAAGUGUUGCCAUAACAACACGAUAUUAUAUUUUUUUAAAUAUAUUUUUGUACAAAACGGAAAAAUAUUUUGAAACAUUUGUAGGCUAGAACUUUUAAAUAUACAACGAUGAAUUCCAGAAAUAUAUACUGUAGGUGUGUUAUUUUGCAAUUUGUGAGUUCCGGUUUAAUGUAAAAUUCAUUUUGAAACGCCUCGUAAAUUGUUUUGAAGCGCUCAUUCAACAAAACUGCUUCUGCCGAAAAACUGUUUUUGCUAUCAAUUGUUGAGUUGAGUUGAGUUGAGUUAAUGCUAUUUCAGUCUUCAAAUUAAUUUGCUCUCCUUUACAUUUUAAAGAUUGUUUUCCCCAAAUUAAACAGCGUUAAUUCAGAAAACUUACAACUUCAUUGACAAGAAUUGCUUUCAAGCAGAAACUGAAAAUCAAACUAAUUAACGAAUAUAAGCCUCUACAUUUGUUAACACCUGCUAACAUAAACUAACUUAACUAACCAAUUUUACAUUUAUUGAUAAUUUAUUUAGUCAUUUAUUUAAUCGCGGCACAAUAUUUUGGAAUUGACUUGCAAUAUUUUAAUGUUGACCCACAGUGGCUCGAACUAUUAAUUAUAGGGUUAUCUGACUAGUUUAGCAUUUAGUUAAUUCAGAUAACUUGUGUCAUGUCAGUUUAUAAGUUCAAUUAUUAAUAUCUCAUCCUUGUAAAUUUUAUUGUAAUGACGCCAAAAAAUUAUUAUCUAUGUAUGUAUAUGUAUGUCAUUGAAAAGGACAUAGCCACGCGGAAUUAGUGCCCUCGCCCUUGGGCAGUUGAUUCCGUUUGGUCAUAGUUAACUCCGUAGAUUCUGAUUGGCUGAGUUCAAAGGUCAACAAAGUUCUAACUUUCAAUAACGUAAACGAAUCGCAUCGCGCUCAGAAAUUGCCGCUGUUGUCAACUCCAAGUGAUGAAGAUUACCACAAACUGAUACAAACAUAGUUUCUAAUCCAGCCCCCCCCCCCCGGGCAAUCUGACGUCCGUAUUGACAAAACGUGUUUGCUUAAAGGGGCAGUAUGAUCAAAAUUUUUAUUUACUUAAACGAAAGUGCUCGUAAAGCUGUAUAAUAACUUGUUUUGAAGAUUUUGGUUCCCAUGCUUAGUUCUUGAGAUAUUUCAUUUUGUUUGUAACCAUGUGACGUCAUCUACUCAAUUACAUAAAAAAUGAGAUAUCAGUAAUUGUUGUGUAUCUUUGCUAUUUUGAUCAAAAUAUUUCGAAAGAUGCGGCGCGUUUGUUAAUUUAAUCUGCAUCAUUAAGCAUACUGUGUUUUUUAACAAAUCGAUCAAAAAUAGCAAAGCUACAAAAAUAGCAAUCACUGAUAUCUCAUUAUAUAUGUAAUUGAGUAGAUGACGUCACAUGGUUACAAUAUGAGAAUGCAAUUACUCUCUACGAGCCAAAUACCAACUAUCUGCACCCCGCUUCAAUACAAAAACUCUGAAGCUCUCUAUAACGUAUAGAGGUGCAACCUUGUGGAAUGAUAUAAAUCGAAAACAUAGCGAAAUAAACAUUGAUGAAUAUGACAAUGUUAACGCUUUCGUAAAAAAGGCCAUAAAAACAAUCACCUUCAAAGACUUUGUCUUUUUAUAGACAUAGUUAGUAAAUAGAUAGUAAUUAAUUCUUAUAUGUAAUUCAUAACUUUUGUAUAUAUCUCUAAGUGCACGACCCCACAAGCUUAUGCUUUAAAAAUUAUCGUGCUUAAAUAAAGUCAUAUUAUUAUUAUUAUUAUCUCAAGAACUAAGUAUGAGGACAAAAAUCUUCAAAACAAGUUAUUAUACAGUUUUACAAGCAUUUUCGUUUGAGCUUUGGUUUAAGAGAAUAACAAUUUUGAUCACACUGCCCCUUUAAAUUAAGCUGGCUAAUAUCAUGAAUAAGCAUUAAAUAAAAUGUUUCCCUUGAUGUCUUUAGCACUCAGUUCAGAAUGGAUAGCGGCUGCAAGACGUUCCUUGAAGAUGUGUUUGAGAACGAAUAUCGAUUGAUUCCUGGUGGUUUGUGGAAUAAAAAUAAAACUCAAACAUCAUGGACGGAUGGAGUACGUGCUGCACCUUUUAGCGAUGCUUUGCUUUGCCUUACAUUACCUUAGGACCUUACCUUAUCGUUAUCCUGACUUGCUUUACCUUGCCUUGCCUUGCCUUGCCUUGCGUUACGUUACGUUACGUUACGUUACGUUACGUUACGUUACGUUACGUUACCUUGCUUCGCCUCGCCUUGCCUUGCCUCGCCUUGCCUCGCCUCGGCUUACCUUACCUCGCCUUGCCCCACUUAAUUCAAUUUUCCUUUUAAAUAGUUCGGGAAGGAGAUAUUAGAUGAGAACAACAAGCCAAUACAAGAUAAGUAUGACGUCAAACCUCCAAGAGGUUGGAAAUGGUCUCGGGAUCAAGAAUGGAUCAUUGAUCUAGAUCGCGCCGUUGACAGCAAUGGUUAGUGGGUUUUUUUCACCAUUAGAAUAAAGUCUUUAUAAAUGUAUUAUCCACUGCAC